UGUAUUACUCAUUUAGUUCGGAAUCAGUUCGUCGUUUUGUUCGAAAAUGUUUGUCGGAGUCGUUGCCAUUUUGACAAUAGAGGUAACUCUCGUGGCAUCUUUUGACUACUGUAAAUCGCCUUGCGAAGAUUUUUACGGCAGAGUCACGCAACACACCAUGUGUACUUACGAGGAAGGAGGUGGAAAUGAGUGUAGGAGCUUCAGACGAGGACUGACUGCUGAAGAGAAAAUAGCCAUUCUAGAUCAACACAACCAACUUAGACAAAAGGUAGCCAGUGGAGAGCAGUCCCCACAACCUGCAGCGACCAACAUGAAUGAGCUCGUUUGGGACGACGAGACAGCGAUGAUAGCGCAGAGAUGGGCAGACCAAUGUGAAAUACAGACUCCCCACGAUGAAUGCCGCUCUACCAAGGACAAUGUAAAGGGAGGUCAGAAUGUUGCUCAAGAUUGGGCCUGGGGUGCGAAACUCGACCGUUCCUCGAUCAUACGAUCGCAGGUGCAGGGUUGGUUCGACGAAGUCAAACAUGUGCACCCCUCUGUGGUUGAUAGUCUGGAAUUCAAUGGCCCUGAUCCAAUCGGACACUACACUCAAAUGGUCUGGGCCGAAACUACACACGUGGGCUGCGGUGUAGUGCACAAGGACGAUAUAAGAGAGUCUAAGAUAAGACUCGUCUGCAACUACAAACCUACAGGAAACUAUAUGGGAGAGCCUAUCUACACCACAGGUAAAACAGCAUCUGGCUGUGUUGCGAAGAGCAAGUCGUAUAUAGGUCUUUGUGCACCCCGGACGAAUGGAAACAACCCGCAGUCUGAUGCUAAUGCUCCAGCUUCCUCGGCGAGUGGUCCUCCGAGUGGUCCUCCGAGUGGUCCUCCGAGUGGUCCUCCGAGUGGUCCUCCGUCAGCACUUGGAUCUCCAAAACCACAAACCUCAAUUGAAAUAACAAAGCCAGAUGUAAAAAAUGCUCCUCCUAACAUUAGUUUUCCUACCUCAGUUUCAUUUGGCAGGCAACCUUCUUUUCCAUUUGGUAACUCAGGCUCUCCUUUUCCAGCCAAUUCAAUGAGUGGAUCUUUGAUGCCCGUCUUUAGACCUCUCAGCCAACAAAUCCCACUUGGACUUGGAAUGCCAAGUAGAAUUUAUCCUCCAGUUAAUGUUGGUUUUCCUGGACUAGGUAUGUCUACAUUUUACAGGCCAGUUGGCGAUGCUCAAACUAAUCCUGCUCCCACCCGUGGUUCUUUUCCUCUCGGUUACCCAAGUGGAUUUUUGCCACCCAACUUUGGUAACAAUGCUGCCUUAGGCCUAGGUAAUUCUCCAUCUAACAGUUACAAUCAAUUACGAGACAGCUUUACCCCAUCGUUUGCACGUAACGACAAACCGCUUGGACGACCAGCCACUUCUUCCUUUCAAGUUACAAGGCACACCGUUAAAGGAAAUGAUUUGGACCAAGAGCAUUCUAUCACCAGCUAUCACUUUUCAAGCUCAAACUUAGACCAUGAAACAGAUAGUGCAGGAGACUCUACACCUGACGAAGUCAAAAGACUCCAUUCCGCGGUAAUAAGCCUCUUGAGUUCACAGCGAAGAUUUGGUGGUCCAGAGUCCUCCGAGGAACACGAUCGGAAGAAAUGAACAUGUAUUGUAAUACAUGUUAAACUGUUGUUAAAAUACACCAAUCAAUGCACAG